UCAUUUCCUCAUUCUCCCUGCGACUUUCUCGCUUGCUAGCCGUGUGCCUUUUCUGAUCGUCCUUCGACGCUGGCUUGGAUUUGGAAAUUGCCAACUCAUUGAUUUUGUGUAUAAAAUUAUAUCAUUAUAUUUAAUAAGAAUCAAUCGUAUAUUAUAAUUGUUAAAUAAUACAGUUAAUCAAUAGAAGAGAUUAUUGAUUAAAAAAUAUUUAGGGCAUUACAAAGACUCUUACUUUGGUUUACCUAAUAAAGUCACAUGUUGAUUUUCCCUCUACAUAUUGUUCAAUCAAAUAGUGCAUAAACAGAAAGAACUGAUAAAUUAGCAAAUAAGUGAUAUAUGUGUAAAACGAGCUGAAUAAAUACAACGCAAAUGUGCCGCCAUGUUGUAUCCUCUAUUUAGGGCGUGGCGCAUGAUGCUGAUGGGUGUCGAGUUCAAUAAUUACGAGUAAAUCGUUUAAUCAUGCCGCGCAUUGAUCCAAUACAGUUGCUUAACUGCCUCAGCGUGCUACUGUCACCGACUGGCGGAAUUAAAAGCACAGACGAAGUGCAAAGAUUGGCUAGUUUAAUGACUAAAUUCUCGAAGAAAUUGGUGUCUAAAUGUAUUUACAUUCAAAUACUGAAGUGUACAGAGACAGAACUUUUGGGGUUAUUCAUGGCUUCCGGCGGCUGGCGCUUAGUGCAUACAUGGCUCACCGAAAGCAUAGUUGCAAAAAAUUGGCCACUUGUAAGAGAACUAUUGGAACUUCUCUUAUUAUGUCCUGUGGAUAUAGAACGUUUAAAGACUAACAAUUGUCCAAAACUUGUCAAAGAACUUUCCAAGGAUGGCAACCAUAUCGCUCUUAGAGCCUUGGCAUCUAAAUUAGUGGAACAAUGGCUAAAGACAGUAAAAGGCGAUAAUGUGCCACCCAUAGAGAUCGCAGACAUACCCCAAAUCAUUGCUGAAGCUCAGUCAGCAACAAAUUGUAAUGUUACUGUCAAAAGUGAUAUUACCUUCGACUCUGAAAGUGGUGACAAAAAUUGUGACGAAGAAAAUAAAUCUCCUAAUGCAGCUUUUAUUAAUCCUGAAGUGACUGAAGACAAUGAGCAUGAAAUUACAAUCAAAGAGGAAUUAGAAAAAGAUAACGACGCAUUACCUGUUUUAAAAAUUAGCGUUAAGGAUGGAAAACAAGUAAUAUCACAGGUUGAUGAUAGCCAAACAUCUGAAGAAUCGUCGGAAAAAGAAAAAAGUAGAGAAAAGCACAAGUCUAAAAGUAAAGAAAAAGAUAAGUCUCAUGACAAGACUAGUUCGAAAUCGUCUAGUUCAUCAAAACAUUCAAGCAAGUCGCAUUCUUCUUCAAGCGAUAAAGAAAAAAGUCACAAAAGUAGUAGGUCUAGUCACCAUAGUAGCAGUAAAGAUAAAUCGAAAGAUAAAGAUAGACAUUCUUCGUCGCAUUCUUCUAAGUCUAAAAGCGACAGUAGCCGAAGAUCUAGUUCUAGCUCCAGUAGCAAAUCAUCAAAGGACGAUAAAAGUAGGCACGGUUCUGAUAAAGACAAAAGUAAAGAUAAAAGUAAGGAAGAACCGAAGACUGAAACACCAGAAGACAAACAAUCUAAACCUGAAGAUAAAAUGUCGCCGUCUAUUCAUAAACUAGGAAAAAUUCCUAAAUUAAGUGAUUCUAAAAAAGAAAAACCAUCAAUUUCAAUAGAAGUUAGAAAACCUGAUGAACCUAAACCAAAAACUGUUAAGACAUUCCACUCAAAAUUUAGAAAACAUGGCCUUGAAGAAGAAGUUAAACCGCCGCCGUCAAGGGCUUCAUUGUUAAACAAAAAAGUUCCCCCUGUUCUACCACCUACAAUACCAGUACCGAAGCGACCAUCUCCAGUUCAUAACGAAACUCCACCAGAAAAGAAGCCAAAAACUGUAGAGCCAGUAGAGAAACCUGGUGCUAUUAAAUUAAUUCCCCCUAAACCGAAACCUAUGCUGUUAUUGGAGAGCGACAUGUUCAUGGAUGCAUUAAAUGCUUCUGCCACAAACAAAAAAGAACCUAAGAAGAGAAAACGGCGCACCAGCGGCUCUAAAGAUGGAAACACGACGGGUGAGGGAUCACCACCACACACUCCCACAUCUGUCACAAGUCCAAAUAGUGAGAAAUCUGUUCCACCAAGAUUUUAUCAAGAUACAUUGGACGCUGAGGAAAAUAAAGAAGCUUCCUCUAAAAAUACUGAUAAUACCGGAAGUGCCACGACUAACAAAGAAACGGAAAAAGAAGAAACGAUGGAUACUUCUGAGCCACAUACCUUAACUGUCAACGGAUUGAAAGGAGUAUUGUGUUAUCAUAAAAGAAAAGGUCCUAAGAAGAGUAUAAAAUGGAAACCGGACACGGAACUAGAAGAAAUCCAAUACUUCGAAUUGGAUGAAACUGAACGUGUAAAUGUUACAAGAACAUUUACUGAUAUGAAAUAUUUAGAAAAGAUAAAUGAAAGAGACGCGUUCCAAAAAGCAAGAAACCUUAGUACUGACGAUGUAAUGGAAGAAAAAACCAACUGGAAACCUUUGAUCCCGGUUGACUGCGAAGGUCAAAUCCAAGUAGAGUAUGGUAAAAAUAGUAAAGAAAAAGAAAUACAAGCCAUUCGGCAAAAAGGAACUUUGCAGCCUUUGUAUUUCCAUAAAUCAAUGAUCCCAGAUUCUGCUUUAGAACCCGAUCCUGAAACGCAUCCUUAUACCGAACCAACCAUAAUACCAUUAGAAGAUGUCACUGGUAACCAAGAUAACGUCAGUGAUUUCCGCAAUAUGCCUUGGCCAGAACCUAAAGGCAACGCACCUCCGCCCACUAGCAAUGUUAGUAUGCCCAGCAUGUUCCCUACGAAUAUGGCCCAAUUUCCAGGUGGUUUUCCUCCAGCACAAUUUCCUGGUGUGCCUGGUUUCCAAGGUCCUAAUAUGGUACCGGCCGAGUGGCAAAAUGGAGUACCUCCUAAUAUGAUGCCAAAUGGUAUGCCUGGUCCUAUGCCUCCUGCAGGACUCGCUCCUGGUGCCAUGCCACCUGGUAUGAUGGUUCCGCCUGAAAACAUGAUGAUGAACCCUGAAAUGUUUGGUGCACCAAAUCCAAUGUUCCCGAUGCCACCAGAAAACUUCAAUAUGCAACAAAACAUGUUUCCUAUGGAUUUCAACAUGGCUGCACCACAGGGUCCACCUGGUCCAGAUGGAUUUGGGCCGUCAAAUUUCCGAGGUGCCAUGCGCGGGCGUGGUGCUGGCGGUCACUGGCGAGGGAAGACCUCUGGCAGUUGGGAAGGUCCUCCAAGGGGACGAGGAGGUCGCGGAGGGCGCAAAGCCGUAUGUAUGUACUUCCAGAGAAGAGGCUCUUGUCGACAGGGAGAUAACUGUACGUUUUUACAUCCAGGUGUAAACUGUCCGUAUUAACGAACAUGAUGUACAUAUUUAUAUCUGAUUACAAUAUUUGUUAUUUUUGUAAAUGAUAGUAAACUAUUAAUAAUAAGUUGUUACAUUUUAUGUUUAAAGUUAAGACUUGAAAAGACUGCAUAAUGUAAAUAUUGUAAAUAUUGUUUUACAGGAGUUUAUAGGUUUAAUGCAAAUAAACAAAAUAUAAUUUA